UGCACUCCCCUUUCCGGAAGUUUUUAUCAAUUGUAUGUUACGCUCUCUAUAAUAAAAGGGGCGGAGCGAGGGAAGCGUUCUUCGUUGCCAUGGCAGCAGCCGAGGCCUAGAACGCGAGAAGAAGCCUGCUAGCAGUAAGAGGCGGGCAUUCCGUAGGAACAUCUAUGCCUCAUUGUUUGUGAUGGUGGCCUUCCUGGUCAAUUGAAAGAACAUGGAAAGCCUGCAGAGGGACAUCGUUGAGCUUCAGGGAACGGUCAUUGAUGUCUUCUCCCGAUCCAGACCCAUCCGGUGUCCUUCGUGGAAGUUUCCGGAUAAGGCCUCCUGCGACUUGGACCUGGUUUCCUUGCUGGAGCGUUACGGCUUUGCGGAGAACAAUUCCGAACUCACCCAGCGCUCCCAUGUCCUCCUUUUGGAGCUCAUCAUUGACAGGCUGCUGCUGCUCUUCCAAAGCUUCACGGAAUAUGCGGAGAACCUGAUCAGCGAAGGAGCUUCUUCCUCCCCAUCCGGAGCAAUGGGGCCUUCCAUGUCUGUUGGACUGGCGGUGAGGACAUACUGGGACAGCAUGGUGAAACUGGGGAAUCUCUACCAGCAGCUGGUGAUGGAGAAAAAAGGCAACAAAGAGGAUGUUUCUAGCAGAGAACAAGCAGAGAUCAAACGGACCAGAAGCUCUUGCUCCCAACAAUCGGAGUCAGAUGUGACCAUACUGGGCAUGCAGGAUUCUUCAUUGACCUCGUCAAUUGCCAGUGGGCAAAUGUGUGGACACUUCCCCAACUGUAUCCCUUCUCCAACUACUGAGCCACCCGUAGUGCCUUGUGAAGCCUGCGAGAAGGCCCAGACCAGCCUCCAGGAAGUGGGCCGUGCCAUUGUCGGCCUCUGCGAAGGCCAAAACCUCCCAUCAUCUCUGGGCAAGUUCCUCAAGACCGCAGAGGAGACCCUCGGGGGCAGAGCCCUGUCAGUUGUGGACAUUGACUAUUGGGCCGCCGAGCAGAGCAAGGACAUUUCCCGGAUUGGCAAGCACCUCCGGACGCUGACAGAGUUGGUGGGCCCUUUGAAGGGAGAGCUGGAAGCCGCCCAGAAGCAGGUGGAGGACUUGGAAGUCCGCCUUCAGGAGGAGAAGGAAGCCCAAGAGCAACAGAGGAAGGAGGCUGAGCAGUCAUUCGAGAAGAAGCACAAGGAGAGCUUACGACGAGUGGGACGGUUGGAGAAGGAGAAGGAAGAUCUCCAGAACAAGACCAUUACCUUGGAGAAGAACAUCUCCACUUUGAAGAAGAAACUCCGAUUUCAGGAAGCCACCGUCCAGGAGCUGGAGCAGGUCCAAAUGGAUCUUCUCCAGAACAUGGUGGAUAAGGCAGAAGUCCAUAUCCUGGAGGAGCGUCUGGAAGCCCUGUCUGGCCAACUGCAGGCUGCCAAGGAGCAGCUGGGCCGAGCCACGACUGAGCUGGACAAGGAGAAGGCCAAAGCGGAGAGCAUGCUCCGGCACAAAGAGUCCCUCCAGGCCAAGCAGAGAGCUCUGAUGCAGCAGCUAGACCGUCUGGACCAGGAGUGCGAGGGGCUGAAGGCCAGCCUGGCCAAAGAGGAAGAGGAGCGCUUCCUGAUGAAGGAGAGGCUGAAGGAGACGCGAGAGAAGAGGAGGGAGGCACAGCACCAACUGGAGGCCCAGCAGAAGCUGACAGAGAAAGCAGAGCGUGAGAAGGCAAGCGCAGAGCACUCCGCCUCAGAGCUGCAAAGGAGUGUCUCCCAACUGGGAGAAUUGGUGCAGGAGAUGAAGGAGAAGGAGAGGCUGCUGGUGCUCUUCCCAGAGCUUCACAUUCCCGUUGAAGCACAAUUUGAAGGCACCGGGGACGUCCUGGAGGACAUGGCAAAGCAGCUGCAGGCCAACAACAUCCGGAUCAGCGUCUUGGAGGAGGAAAACACAAGGCUCCGCGCCGCUGUGGCCAAGGUGAAGGAGGUGGCCCAGCAGGAAGGGCCAAAGAUUUUACCACCGACCCAGCUGUGGAAUCAGUCUUCGGCAGAUACACUUUAUGAAGAUGGCGGUGUUCACGCUCCUAUAGGGGGUCCCACAGCAGUUGCUAUCCAGGGAGUGGCGAUACGGCACCCUUCCCGUCAUGACACAGUUUGGAGCAGAUGCAGUGCAAGCGGCAAUGCCACCUCCUCCUCCCAAAGGACUCUGGGUAACUCUCCAUCGAAGCCGUCCUCAGGAGAGUCGUUUGCCUUUGCAUACAAGGAUUUGCCUCAUGUCAAGGGGAGAGGAAGGGGCACCCGGGGUCACCAGAAAUAAGGCCAGAGGUCACCCAAAGAAACAUUUGGAUCAAGUGGUUUGUCCGCCGCUACAAGAGAGGCCCUCCCCAUUUGCUAAAGAGGAGGACAUUGGCCUCAGGACCUAGGGAACCUGAGAAUCUCUAGGAAUUGAUAGACCCUCCAGCAUGACUGUACUGGAAGCUGACCAUAGAGUGGCACAGGAGGGCCUAAAGAAUACUAGAGGGAUGUUCUCAAGGAUCUGUAGGUCCUCCAGCACAAAGGUACUAGACUUCUCCAGAAGUUGACCAUAAAGCCACAAUGCAGGAUCUAGAGAAUCCUACAGGAGUGUUCUCCAAGAAUCUAUAGAUCCUCCAGCAUGACUCUACUGGAAACUGACCAUAGGGCUGGAGGACUUAGAAAACCCUAAACGAGUGUUCUCUGGGAAUUGUAGGUCCUCCAGUAUGACUCUAUUGGACCUCUGCUGGAAGUUGACCAUAGAGGUUGGACCACAGAUCCUCCAGUAUGACUCCACAGGAAGUUGACUGUAGAGUUGCCAUGGAGGAACAAGAGUAUGCUAGAGGAGUGUCCUCCAGCAUAACUCUACUGGACUUCCACCAGAAGUUGUCCAUAGAGUUGCUUGAAGGACCUAGAGAUUCCUAAAAAGAACAUAUUCUGGAGUAAGGCAGAACUGGUCUUCCUAAGUCGUCUUUCAACUUCCUGUUUUCUUCUUACUUGUUCCAACUCUUGUAACCACUGAGCAAGAUGGCAGAAGGAAGGACGAAACCAGACUAU